AUGAUUAAAAAUUACUUAAUUUAUACUUAAAAUGAAAAUGACAAGAUUGUGAUAAGAGACUUUACAACUGGAUUUACGAGGGAAAUAUCUAAUGACUAAUUAGCUAAUUGCAAAAAAAUCCUUACUACUUAAGAUGAAAUGUUUCAUUUUGAAAACUUUGAAGAAUUGCUUAAAUAAAGCAAUUUAGAAGAUUUAAAUGAAUUAGUUGAUGAUAUUAAUCCAGAGGAUAUCUUUAUUAAAAAUGAUAAACAGUAUAUAUAUCUUAAUGGUAAUCGCAAGUUGGAUUGGAUCUAAUUCAGAACAAAAUCUGGAAACGUAUUUGAAAGAAAAAAUACUUUUUGUAUUAUGUAUAAUCGGUUUAAUGAAAAGCAAUACGUAUUUGACUAACUUUCAAAAGGCCAAAUUGUUUAUUAUGAUAAAAUGAACUAAAAGUUUUCAACUAUUGAGUUGACUGUUUAAUUGACUUAAAUGAUAAUGAUGCAUCAUCCUUUAAAAGCUAUUCUAAAUGAUCAUCAAGGAUAUUUAUUGGUUUAAUAUGAAUCUUUUUAUGCUGACAAAAUAAUCAUAGAUCCAAGUUAAGUUAAAUUAUUCAUUAAUGGAGAGCAAAACAUGGUUGGAUUUUUCUAAAUAGAUAUUAAUGAUUAAUCGAUAAGAGAUUACAGAGAAAUUUCUACCAAGACUAAUGAAGAGAUUAUUAAAGAACUUUAAGCUGAUGUAAAAAAAUAUUUUAAGUAUGUUGCAGGAAUUGGAACUGGAAUAGGGUUAUUUUAGAAUAAUUUGAUUGCUUUAGAAACAAUUGUUAAAUAGCUGUAAAAGAUGGAUAAACAGGAGAUACCAAUCCUUAUUUGCACGCUUAUUAACUAAUCCCCAUUUGAUUUUUCGAUUAAUCAUCCUAAGAACGUAAAUGAAAAAUAUGAUGAACUAUUCGGUGGCAAAUUGUUACAUUCCCCUGAAUCAAGUGAUUAAAUAGUAUCAAUUGAAUAUAAUUUGAUCAACUUACCUCAUUCAUUGCGAUCUAAUCCAUAAGAACUGAUGAAAGUCCUAAGCGAGACAGAAAGGGCAGACUACUUUGAAAAUAUGGUUAUCUAAAGUAUCAUAAAAUUCAAGUGGAAUCAAUAUGCAAAGUCAUUUUACUAAAAUAGAUUCUACAUUUACUUGAUAUUCAUGGCUUCCUUUAUUUUUGAUAUUUUCUAUUAAACCUAUGCUUCUGUCAAAUCAAAUGAUGGAGAAUUACCAGAUUAAAGUAAAGUUGAAUAAGAUUCUGAAAUUUAGCAAUUAAAUAUGUGGCUAAAGAUAUCAACAAAAGUAAUAUGCAGUAUUAUACUUGCUUAUUUCUUAGGAUAUGAGUUACAUUAGAUUAGAGUUUAAAGAAGAGAUUACUUUAAAGAUGGAUGGAACUAUUUUGAUUUUUCACACAUUAUUGCUUUUGUAGUAUACUGCAUUUUAGAUUUUACCAAUGAAAAUCAUGAUAGCGUAAUCUUGAUCAAAAUUCUAGUAAUUGUUUUGUCUUUUAUGAAACUAUUUUUCUUUUUAAGAAUUUAUGAUGGCUUCAGCUUUUUAGUGCAAAUGAUGGGAGGUGUCUUUAAGGACCUCAAAUACUUCUUAAUAUUCUUUAUUAUUUUCAUCCUCCAGUUUGGUAUGAUAUUCUUGGUCUUAUUCAAGGCUCAGUCAAUUGAUGAAUACAAUGGUGUCAACAAGCUGGCAUAUUUCUUGAUGGCCUUUAGAAUUUCAUCUGGUGAUUUCCAAUUAGAAGAUUAUCAUAGUUAAAAUGACGGAUUGGUCAUAUUCACCUGGAUAAUCUGGUUAAUAGCUGUUAUGACUUUGAAUAUUGUAUUCAUGAACUUCAUAAUUGCUGUUAUUUCAGAAUCUUAUGAAAAAGUGAUGCAGAAGUUAGUAGCUGAAUCAUACAGAGUCAAAGCACAUAUGAUUGUGGAAAGAGAGCAACUUUUCAAUGAAGCUGACUUGGCAAGAACAGAUUAUUUCCCUAAUUUCAUUGUUAUCAGAAGACCCUUAAAUACUUAGACUAAUGAAGCUGGGGAAUGGCAAGGAUUUAUUAAGGAUCUUAAGUAUACCAUAAGAACAUCUGCUGUUAAGUCUAAAACUGAAAUUAUUCAAAAUCUAAGUUAACUUCAAACUUAGAACAACUCGAAGUUAGAUUAAGUAAUAGAGAACAGCUCUAAAAAUCUUGCUAAUGAAGGUCUUGAUGAAAAAAUAUCUAAGUUACUGAAGUAGUAGCUUGAUCAAGCUUAAGAGAAUAACAAUAAUGAUUUUAAGCAGUUGAAAACUGAUGUUAAUGGACUUGGUGGAUAAGUAAAAGAGCUUAAGGAAGACAUGGAACUCAUUAAGAGCUCAUUGUCUCAGCUUCUUCAAAAAUUUAAUCAGUGA